AAACUCGCGGAUUAAGACGACGGUUGUGUAAACACACGCGCGUGACUCAAUAAGCACCUACGAAUAACGGCAGAUUAUAAUAUGUUUUUCGCAAACAAAAAUAAUUUCAAUAUGUGGUUUUAUUUCGAUAUUACCUUAUAAUCGAUUAAAUAUGUAAAAAAGUUCGCUGUGUAACAUUGUUUUCUUUAAAACCGCGGUCGUCUCCAGAUGGUAACAUUAAAUUUUAAAAGCUUUGCAGAUGUUACGCCGACGACUGAAACCAGACUCAAAAUUCUGCAUAAUAUCAAUAAGAACAAAGAGUCUGUUCGUCUUCUMACCACUCGCCAGCCAAAUGUCACGGAACCCUAGUGUUACAGAAAUCAAUCAAUAAAUAAAUCACYRAAAUGUCUUCAUCGUACUUGUGGGUGGUUUACACCCUGUUGGCCGGCGUCAUCUGCGUAGCUCACGGUGUGAAGAGUCCRACCAAAACUUAUACUGGAUACAAGCUGAAGCCAACGUCUCUGCGCAUGAUUUAUCAYCAUGACCAAACCAUAGCAAUUGUGGAGAUUGGCGAAGGAAAAGCACUCCUCAACUGUGAGCUCGUAGAAAUCUACAACGACAACGAAGGCAAAGAAAUGUUGAAAAAUCUGACGAGAAUCAAUAAGCCACUGAGGAUCACCUUAGACCAAAUGAUGAAACUGAUUGCCCAAUGCGAUCUGUUGGACCCACACCAAGUGAAUCCCGAAGAAGUGAGGCUGCACUCGCGUGGUGUCAACGGCGCCGAUCAAAAUAUAAACUCGAAMGGCGUCCAAUCGACUACUUCCAGUUCACUGUACUCUGGAAUACUACCAGGCACAAAAUGGUGUGGCAGUGGGGAUCUGGCUACAACGUACUUCGAUUUGGGAUCAGAGGUCAAACUGGAUAUGUGUUGUAGAACGCAUGAUCUUUGCCCAUCUAAAGUCAGAUCAUAUGCUACUAGGUAUAACAUCACCAACGAUUCCAUGUACACAAAAUCACAUUGCAUUUGUGACAAAACGUUUUACAAUUGUCUGAAAAAGGCAAAUCAUUCGACAGGAGAUCUCAUGGGAACAUUAUACUUCAAUAUACUUCGUGUGCCAUGUGUGGACGAAAGAAAUGGAAAAACAGUGUUUAAAUUACCACCAUUAUAUUAAAUUUUAUUUUAAUGUUUGUAUAAUAAUUAGGAUACUUCAUAUCGUGUAUUAGUGUAUUUAUAU